AUGACGAAGCAGGAAGUUGAAAGAGAGGUCAACAUUCUUCGUUCAAUCAAUCACCAGAAUAUCGUACAGUUACACGGAUUCUAUGAAAAGGAUGAGAAUUUCGUUCUCUUACUUGAACUCGUAGCUGGCGGUGAGCUGUUCGCGCGAGUGGCUGAGCUAGAAAAACUUCCAGAGGAGGAAUGUAUCUUUUUUGUCUCUCAGAUACUUCGCGGUGUAGAGCAUCUACAUAAUCUUGGAAUAGUACACCUGGAUCUAAAACCAGAGAACAUAAUGAUCGAGGAUAUGGAGACAAAAAGGAUCAAGAUAAUUGAUUUCGGUCUGGCGAGGCAACUCACCACUAACGAGACUCUACAAGAUAUGGCUGGAACUCCCGAAUUUUGUGGUCAGUUGAAGAAUAUGCUUAAAAUUCUCCAUGAAUCCGCAAUGCAUGGGUUACUUGUUAGGUCCUUGCGUACCUCAUGCUUCGAAGGAUAG